UAUCGCCUGAAAAAGCGACCUUAAGCACAUCCUAACUAACCUACCUACCUAUCAUUGCCCGCCACGUACAAUUUACAUCACAUGCUCGCUCCGUUCGAAACAAAAAGGUCAACGAUAACGCGUUGAUCAAAAACGAUCCCAAUUACUCACAUUCUAAUUACAUGACGCUACGUUCGUGAAAAAAAAAUGAUCAUCGCUAACAAACAUUCUAAGUUAUUAAUAUACGCGAGCGGUAUAUUUGUGUGUUAUUUCUAUUUCGGAAUGUUACAAGAAAAAAUCACACGUGGACAAUACGGUGACAGAGAGAACCGGGAGAAAUUUACGUACAUGUUCGCACUGGUCUUCGUCCAAUGCCUGGUGAACUACACAUUCGCCAAGACCAUUUUGCACACGGUGAUGAAACAGGGCGAAGACACCACGUCGACUCUGUAUUACGCGGUGUCAGCUUUGACAUAUCUACUCGCCAUGGUGUGCAGUAAUAUGGCACUGCAAUUUGUCAGCUAUCCGACACAGGUCAUCGGCAAGGCCGGCAAGCCCAUACCCGUGAUGAUACUUGGCGUAUUAUUAGGGAAAAAAGUCCGUAUAUACGAUAAAAAUCUUAUGUACAAGAUAUAUCCAGUUAGGAAGUACAUAUUCAUCUUCUUAAUCGUCAUUGGAGUUGCAUUAUUUAUGUACAAAGAUGGUAAUACCUCUAAGAAGCAGUCGGAAUCAUAUUUGUCAGUAGGGGAAUUAUUGUUACUGCUAUCACUGACAAUGGAUGGAUUAACAAGUGCGGUGCAAGAACGAAUGAGAGCGGAACAUAAGUCAAAAUCGGGUCAUAUGAUGCUCAACAUGAAUCUCUGGUCUGUUAUUUUUAGUGGUAUGGUGAUUGUUAUCUCUGGAGAGCUCUUUGAAUUUAUUCACUUUCUACAACGAUAUCCUUCUACUAUAUGGCAUCUAAUAACGUUUUCCAUAGCUGGUGCAUUUGGACAAUAUUUCAUAUUUCUAACGGUAGCCGAAUUUGGUCCGUUGCCAUGUUCCAUUAUAACCACUACUAGGAAAUUUUUUACCGUUUUAGGCUCUAUAUUAAUCUUUGGCAAUAAUCUUUUGCCUAGACAAUGGUUGAGUACAUUCAUAGUAUUCUCAGGUUUAUUUUUGGAUGCUAUGUAUGGUAAAGAUAAAAGUAAGAAAGAUACUGCAAAAUAAAAUGUGAUAAAUA